GCUGUGCCCGCGGGGAGGAGCAGGGCGUGCGGAGCCACCGAGCGCUGCUGCGGCCCCGCCACGGCUGCGAGCUCUGCCGCCGCAAGUGCUGCGCGCCCGGCCCCGCGCCACGGCCGCCUGUCCCCCGGCAGCGUGGGAAGCAGAGCGGAGAGUAUUAGACUAUUUCCCUCACAAGCAAGCAAUGGCUGUGGACGUUGCAAUGCAGCUGUACCUGUGCUCCCCACCCUUGCGAAGAGAGAAGUGUGCCUGCAAAAUUGCUCCAAAGCCAAGCAAGCCACUGCGGCCCUGCAUCCAGCUGAGCAGCAAGGCUGCGCUGAAUGGCCCAGAAGAGGCAGCAAACUCCUUCACACACAGCAAAGUGAAGAAGAGGGUGUCGUUUGCAGAUAGCAGAGGAUUCGCUCUGACAAUGGUGAAGGUGUUCUCAGAGUUUGAAGAUCCACUAGAUAUUUCUUUCAACAUCACAGAGCUGAUAGACAACAUCGUGGGCCUGACAACAGUGGAGAAGGACAGCUUUGUCCUAGAUUUUAUUCAGCCCUCUGUAGACUAUCUGGACUUCAGAAAGCGUCUCCAGACAGACUGUGUCUGUCUGGAAAACUGUAUGCUAAAGGAGAAAUCUAUUGUGGGAACACUGAAGGUGAAGAACCUCGCUUUUGAAAAGAUGGUGAAGAUCCGGAUGACGUUUGACACGUGGAAAAGCUUUGUAGAUCACCCGUGCCAGUAUGUCAAGGAUACGUAUGGAGGGUCAGAUCAGGACACGUUUUCCUUUGACAUCAGAUUGCCUGCUGGAAUCCAAUCACACGAAAGGGUUGAGUUUGCCAUUUCCUUUGAGUGCAAUGGGAAGGUGUACUGGGACAACAACAGGGGCACAAAUUACAGGAUCAUACGGUCAGAACUGAAGUCUGCCCAGGAAGCCGUCCGGCCCCCACAGGCUCCUGACUUUGGCAGUGCAUUUGACCGGUUUGGGAGCCCUCGGUGCUCCUAUGGCCUCUUUCCUGAGUGGCCCAGUUACUCAGGCUAUGAGAAGCUCGGGCCCUACUAUUGACCCAAGGACAAAGGCCAGGCUGACUAACUGUUGCUGGUGUGUCUGCAGGCCUUGGGGCUGGUCUGACCACAGGUGUAUGAAUAGGUGGAAGAAGUAUGGCUCUGUGUAGCUUAGCAUAAGCCUCCCAGCAAAACCAGAUGUGCUCUGCUGGCAGGGGGCUUAUAGUCAGUCUGGCUCUCCAGAUGAUCAGAGGACCAAGGACUGCUCAUAUCUCUUCAGCAAUUCUUCUUCCUCUUCAGUAAAGAUGCUGGUGUCCAAGGAAACACUACAGUGCUUACAUUGCCUGUUCAAGCUGUGUAGUGGUGGCUGCUUUGUAUUUCUUGCCUAGUAUUAAAAGGCUCUUUCAAAAUAUUUCCUAGUAUUAUAUUGUUAGUGGGCUCUACUACAGCUGCAGGGUUCUCCUUGCAAAACCAGCCUGUGCCUGUCAGGAAAUAGUGUGGUUGGAUUGCUGGGAAUGGAGUCCUCUCUUUGCACAUAUCCUUGUAGUGAGGCCCUUCCUACUGGAGGCAGAAAGCAUGUUUGGGUAGUGAAAAUGCAAUGUGAUGACAGGAAGUGUGGCCCUACAGCCUGCCGAAUUAGGAGAUGUGCCUGUGGCAGAGGAUCUGAUAUGCUUAGUCACUGGUUGUUAUAUCAGAUGAUCUUGAAAAUCUCUCAUACCAUUUGUGUUACCAAAAAUAGCGAUUAGCUGUGCGGUGCUUGUAACACAACUGUGGAUUGACAUCCCUGACUGCCUUCUUUAAAAACUUCCUGUUUGUUUAAUCACAAGUGAUCAAUGAUGCUUUUUCCCCUCGAUGGAUGUCUGAAGUUGGCUGUGCUGGACCCUGAAAAUGCAUUUCAUCCUCCUGUGGACUGUAAACCAGAGUUCUGUCCAGCUGGGAUGGAACUCUGCUUGGGUGUUACAGGAGCUAAACACAAACAGACCCCAUGGCUGUCUAUGCUGUGUCCUGUACAGGAAAGUUGUGUAGCUACUGUGGUGGAAGUGCCUUGACUGAGAAAGGGGUGGUAUGUGCAAUCCCAGCAAUGCUUUGGGAUGAACGGGCUUUGGAACUGAUGUUGUUUUUAAGAUCUGGUAAUGGUUUGUUACUCUGUGCCAUGGAGUGCUUGGUAGAUAAAGGCAGCACUGCUCGCAUGUGAGAGCGCUGUGGCUGUCCUGGAUGAGCGUGCUGGGCUUCCCUCUCUGCUGAAGCAGUAUCUGCCAGUUUGACCUGCAAAUGCCCAGACUUUGCAUCUCUGACCAUAAAAUGUGUCUCACCUCACCUAUGCAAAGAACUAGCCACGAGGAGAGUGAGAUGUGGGGUUAUCCUGACAGCACCCCUGCAUGUGAGACAGAUCACAGAUGUGAGCCAUCCGUGUGAUUAAAGAGGUGGCUUGUCUUCUGGAUGUGUGCUGGGAUAGUGAGCUUGGCAGUGCCAAACAGCCUCACAGAGCUUCUUGGGUGCUAGUCUAGCAGAAUAACUUUAUCCCUCAGCUCAAAGAGAGAGUGCUGAACAGUCUGUAGAAAUAGAGGUCAAGGGAAUGCUACUUUUUCUAGUGCAUAAGCUUUACAUAAUUUUUGGGUGCCUCUAGUAGCCUGUGGAUGUGCUGGAGAGAAGCAACAGGCUAGACUACUUAGCUUUGUUAACAUAGCUUUUAAUUUUGGAGACUACUGUACAAAUACUUAGAAGCUGUUUUACUCUAACCUAGAAGGGAUACUGGGAUCACUUGUUGGAUAUCAAAAGGGACAGAAGGUUGCAGGAAGAAUAGCUGGCCUUCAACUGCUGCUUUUUCAAAAUACAGAAUCAGUAUGUGUCUUCAGUGUGCCUGAUCACUUAAUCGAGGUGAUGAAUCUACUUGCUAGCCCAGAACUCUGGGGUUUGGUUCCUCUGUUCAAACAGCUUCCCAAAUCGGCCCUUACAGCCUGAAUCUGAUCUCUCUGGAAGGGACUGUUGCCUAGCUUGGCUUGGUUUUAAACUUAAGGCAAGUUUGUGUGACACUGAUACUUUUUAUUUAUUUAGUGUAUGGUGUUGAUGUUGUAAGACACUGACUGUAGGAAAGUCGUGUUCUCCUGGCACCUUCUUAUGCCCAUGGAGAGCUAUUUGUGAGCCAGAACAAGGCAUGUGGGUCUGGGGUGCUGUGGAUGGUGAUAUCUCCUUAUGGGCUUGUUUUCAGGCUGUGUCUUGGGUGUGCUUAGGGAGGAACAUGGAAGAUAAGCUAGAAGAGCAGUGCCAUAAGUAAAAGCUAGGUUGGGAACUGACUAUUUGAUCAAUAGCAGUUUAAAAAUACUACUUGUGGCCUUUCCCCUUUUCCCUUUUUCCAUUGCCAAUGUGAACAUAGAAGUGGGGGGGUUGCUCUCCUUGCUCUAUGCCUGGAAGUGCCUUGUAGGAUGUUUUGCAUGUUUGUUUUUUAAAAGAUAUUUUUGUACACAACAUUCAAGUGGAAAAUGCACUUUAUAAUUGCUAUGUAAUGACUCUUUUAAAAAUAUGGCUGUUUUUAUCUGAUUGUUAAAAUAAAGGUGGAACAAAA